UGGUUUCUAGAACGAGAGCGGGCCGAGGAAAACGAUCAAAUAAACUAGGAAAAAAUGGAGGAAAAACAAAAACGAAAUGCUUUGAGAAAAGUCAACAAAAAUGCACGCAGAUCCAAUCCAGCCAGUCUACGUUCAAAGGGAUCGUCCUGUUUCCGCCACCUCCCCUGUUUCCUCUUCUUCUUCUUCUUCAGCUACUUCUUCUUCUUCGUUUCCUUCUUCCCAUUUCAUCUAGAAAAGUCCCCUGAUCGGGACGCCGGCAAACCCCUACAAGACCCAAAAACCCAUUUCCCUUUCCUCUCCCAAUACUAUUCUUUCGCAUUUGUUUCAACAUUCCUGCCUUCUCCUAUUUUUGUCCUUCUAGGACUUCUUCUUCUUCGUCUUCGUCUUCGUCUUUACCCCUUUUAUUAAUUUCUCUUCUGGGUUUUCCGAAAGGCGGAGAUAUCACCGAACUCCAACACACCCACUCUAUCUCUCUGCUCUAGCUCUUGGCCGGAUUUCAUUGAUUGUUCCGAAAGACUCCCUGCCCGCCAGGGGGGCUCUCCUCUGUCCUCUGUCUUUUCCCUUUUGUCGGAUCCUCUGCUCCUCCAUUUCAUAAGGUUUUCUUUCUUCCCCAGGAGCUCCCAAAUCCACAAAUUGAAGGCGAUCUCUCUGUUUCAGCUGCAUUUUGGGAAGAAGGAAUUAUUGUUGUGAAUUAAAUCAUGGGCGGAGGUAGAAAGAGAAUAAGAUUGAAGUUGAGCAGGCUGUACUCAUUCAGAUGCGGGAAAGCAUCGUUUGAGGAUGACCACUCACAAAUUGGCGGCCCUGGAUUCUCGAGGGUCGUGUUUGCCAACGAGCCAGAUUGCUUCGAAGCUGGGAUCCGGAAUUAUGAUGAUAAUUAUGUCAGUACAACAAAGUACAACGUCGCUACUUUCUUGCCCAAAUCGUUGUUUGAGCAGUUCAGGAGGGUGGCCAAUUUCUAUUUCUUGGUCACUGGCAUCUUGUCAUUCACUCCUCUCGCUCCUUACACCGCUGUCAGCGCCAUUAUCCCUCUCAUCGUUGUGAUUGCUGCCUCCAUGGUUAAAGAAGCCAUUGAAGACUGGCACCGCAAACAACAGGACACUGAGGUGAACAAUAGGACGGUUAAAGUGCACCAAGGAGAUGGGGUUUUUAAACAAACCGAAUGGAAGAACUUGAGAGUUGGGGAUAUAGUUAAGGUUGGGAAAGAUGAAUUCUUUCCUGCAGACUUGCUCCUUCUUUCAUCCAGUUAUGAGGAUGGAAUCUGUUAUGUGGAGACUAUGAACCUCGAUGGAGAGACGAAUCUGAAGCUGAAACAAGGAGUCGAGACAACUUCAGUCCUGCACGAAGAGUCUGAAUUCACCAACUUCAAAUCCAUGAUUAGAUGUGAAGACCCAAAUGCAAAUCUCUACACCUUUGUUGGAACUUUGGAGUAUGAGGAGAACCAAUUCCCACUCACACCUCAGCAGCUGCUUCUGAGAGACUCGAAGCUCAGAAACACAGACUUUAUCUAUGGUGCAGUUGUAUUCACUGGCCAUGAUACAAAGGUAAUGCAGAAUGCCACAGCUCCACCAUCUAAGAGAAGCAAUGUUGAGAAGAAGAUGGACCAAAUCAUCUACUUGUGUUUCGGUAUAGUGUUUUUGAUGGCAUCAGUUGGUUCAAUCUGCUUUGGAAUUUGGACCAGGGAUGACUUGGAAGAUGGAAGAAUGAAGAGGUGGUAUCUUAAACCGAAUGACUCUGAAAUCUUCUUUGAUCCUAGAAAAGCGGUAGUUGCAGCAAUCCUUCACUUCCUGACUGCUGUAAUGCUGUAUAGCUACUUCAUCCCUAUCUCACUCUAUGUCUCCAUAGAAGUAGUGAAAGUUCUUCAGAGCAUCUUCAUCAAUCAAGAUAUCCAUAUGUACUAUGAGGAGGCUGAUAAACCGGCACAUGCACGUACCUCAAAUUUGAACGAAGAACUUGGACAGGUUGACACCAUACUGUCAGACAAAACCGGGACUCUGACAUGCAAUUCUAUGGAGUUCAUAAAGUUUUCUGUGGCUGGUACUGCUUAUGGCCAUGGUGUAACUGAAGUUGAGAGGGCUAUGGAAAGAAAGACCGGUAGUCCAUUAAGAAUCAAUGGUUUGGAAGGGAAGAAGGAUUCCUCUAGUAAAAGCCCUGUCAAGGGCUUUAACUUUGAAGAUGAACGAAUCAUGGAUGGGCAUUGGCUGUACGAGCCUCGUGCUGACAUCAUCCAGAAGUUCUUUCGAUUGCUGGCUGUUUGUCACACGGCCAUUCCUGAAAUUGAUGAAGACACCGGGAAUGUUACAUACGAGGCUGAAUCGCCUGAUGAAGCAGCGUUUGUGAUUGCAGCUCGAGAACUGGGUUUUGAAUUCUAUAAAAGGACUCAGACGACCAUCUCAGUGAGGGAGUUGGAUUUGCAGUCAGGAAAGAAAGUUGAGAAAGAGUAUAGCCUUUUGAACGUGUUGGAAUUCAACAGCACGAGGAAGAGAAUGUCUGUUAUAGUAAGGGACGAGGAUGGAAAGCUACUGUUGCUUUCUAAAGGAGCUGACAGUGUAAUGUUUGAAAGGCUUGCGAAGAGUGGUAAGGAGUUCAAAGGGGAGACUAGGACUCAUGUAAAUCAGUAUGCUGAUGCGGGUCUAAGAACCCUGAUUCUCGCAUACCGUGAGCUUGAUGAAGCUGAAUACUCAAAUUUCAACUCAAAGUUCAACGCUGCAAAAAGUUCUGUUAGUGCAGAUCGAGAUUCAUUGAUUGAGAAAGUGGCAGCUGAUAUGGAGAAGGAUUUGAUACUCCUAGGUGCUACUGCUGUUGAGGACAAACUCCAAAAUGGGGUUCCUGACUGCAUAGACAAGCUUGCCCAAGCAGGAAUUAAGAUAUGGGUUUUGACUGGUGACAAAAUGGAAACUGCCAUCAACAUUGGUUUCGCAUGUAGUUUGCUUAGACAAGGAAUGAAGCAGAUCAUAAUCAACCUCGAGUUGCCAGAACUCCAGGCAUUAGAAAUAGCUGGAGAUAAGGCCGCCAUUAAUAAGGUAUCCAAAGCGCAUGUUCUCCGUGAAAUUACUAAAGGCAAAGCGCUAGUGUCAGGUGGAAGCGCUGAUGCUUUUGCUUUGAUAAUUGAUGGGAACUCACUCACUUACGCUCUGGAAGAUGAUGUUAAGAACUUGUUUCUCGAGCUUGCUGUGAGUUGUGCAUCUGUCAUUUGUUGCCGCUCAUCACCCAAACAGAAAGCACUGGUUACAAGACUGGUGAAAAAUGGAACUGGCAGAACAACAUUAGCAAUCGGUGAUGGUGCCAACGAUGUCGGUAUGCUUCAGGAAGCAGAUAUCGGUGUUGGAAUUAGUGGUGUUGAAGGAAUGCAGGCUGUUAUGUCCAGCGAUGUUGCAAUUGCUCAGUUUCGGUACUUGGAACGCUUGCUACUCGUGCAUGGACAUUGGUGUUACAGAAGGAUAUCAUCAAUGAUUUGCUACUUCUUCUACAAGAAUGUCACAUUCGGCAUCUCCGUGUUCUUGUAUGAGGCAUAUACAUCAUUCUCAGGACAACCUGCAUACAACGAUUGGUUUCUCUCACUCUACAACGUCUUCUUCACAUCACUUCCAGUGAUUGCUUUGGGCGUUUUCGACCAGGAUGUAUCAUCGCGAGAUGCUAUCAAGUUCCCUCUACUAUACCAAGAAGGGGUACAGAAUGUUCUGUUCAGCUGGCGCCGUAUACUCACAUGGAUGAUCAAUGGCGUUUACAGCGCGAUCAUGAUCUUCUUCUUCUGCACAAAGGCAAUGGAUAUUCAAGCAUUCAAUGACGAUGGGAAGACAGCUGGACGAGACAUCUUCGGAGCAACGAUGUACACAUGCAUUGUAUGGACAGUAAACUUACAAAUGGCUCUCUUCAUCAGCUACUUCACAGUGUUACAACACAUCCUCAUCUGGGGAUCCAUCGCCUUCUGGUACGUCUUCCUCAUGAUCUAUGGCGCCAUGUCCCCUGGAUUCGCCAACAACGCCUACAAGAUCUUUGUCGAAGCCCUCGCCCCUGCAGCUUCCUACUGGCUCAUCACACUUUUCACUGUGAUCACGACCCUAAUACCGUACUUCUCAUACUCCACGAUUCAAAUGAGGUUCUUCCCAAUGUACCAUCAAAUGAUUCAGUGGAUAAGGCACGAAGGGCAGUCGGAGGACCCAGAGUUCUGUGAUAUGGUCAGGCAGCGGUCGUUGAGGCCACAAACAGUUGGUUUCACUGCCCGUGUGGCAGCACGAUCGAGUCGAUCAAAUAGUAGAGAGGAGAAUCCGUUUCAGUGAUAUCAGUUGGAAGGCAGCUUAGGUGCUGACAUACUGUCAGAUUGUCUCUCCACGUGAUCUCAACAGUUGGAUCGAAGCGUGGCUAGAACAAAACAUUCUUUUGACCCCUCUUGUUGCUUGAUGGCUGGCAAAGAAUCCUUGCCCUGACUGUAUAUGACCAGCAUGGAGAUCGGGGUGAGGGGACAUUUUCGCUGUUGAAACUUGCUGCCUUCAUGCAUUUGAUCCUUGUUUGUAGGUUAGAAUGGUUUCAAGGGAAUCUGUACAGGAGAAGCAUUUAGAAAUCUGGGAUUGUUGUAGUUGUACUUGUACUAUUCACAGUCGAGAUCGAUCAAUCGGGUAGAUGAUGGCUGGGGGGAAUGUAGAGCGAGUUUUCGGGGCAACUUUUGAGGCUACUGUUACAUAGACAGUACUGGUUUAUCUUCUACCUAUAUCAAUGUUGUAUCAUUUGUAAGGAUGUAUAUAGAAUAGAGAGGUUGCACUGAAAUUUAUUCAUUAUCCACAUUGUGGUUAUCUACAGAUAAAGUAUGUUUAACCCUUGGUGGGGAGAUUACUUGUUUCAAACGCUAUUGGUCAAGUUCAUAGCUGUGUUGGGAGGAGAAUUGUCUUCUGGAUCUUGUAAGCAUUGUUGGGAUGCC